GUAGUGAGGACGUGGAAGAGCGUGAGGCCUCGGCGUUGCGUGGGCGGCCCUCCUUGGGCGAGGGGAGGGGGCAGUGCGGGAACUCGACGGGAAGGGGCGUGGCCGGCCGUUGCCUAGGAAGGGCGCGUGGUCUCGCUGCUCGCCCGGCUGAGACGGUAGAGGGGUUCUGCUGCAUUUGUCACUACUGGGAAGACUACACCUUCCUGAGAGCCAGGCCAGAAAUUUUGUAGCUGUUAGAAGCCAGGACUCUGGAACACUGUUUGCUGCUUGUGGAUCUUCUAUACUUACAGUGUCGCUAUUCAGUCACUUCAGAUCUGCCACUAUUAAGAGACUUCCUGCCACCCAUCCUAGCAGUCACAGUCACUGUCAUCAGGGACUCCUCACCCAACCCCUGUGGUUGCCAUCUUCAUCAUGCCAAAGAAUAAAGGCAAAGGAGGCAAAAACAGGCGCAGAGGUAAAAAUGAAAAUGAAUCUGAGAAAAGAGAGUUAGUGUUUAAAGAGGAUGGGCAAGAGUAUGCUCAGGUGAUCAAAAUGCUGGGAAACGGACGGUUGGAAGCCAUGUGCUUUGACGGUGUGAGGAGGCUGUGCCACAUAAGAGGGAAGUUGAGAAAAAAGGUUUGGAUAAAUACCUCAGACAUUAUAUUGAUUGGUCUACGAGACUAUCAAGAUAACAAGGCUGACGUAAUCUUAAAGUAUAAUGCAGAUGAAGCAAGAAGUCUGAAGGCAUAUGGAGAACUUCCAGAACAUGCCAAAAUCAAUGAAACGGACACAUUUGGUCCUGGGGAUGACGAUGAAAUCCAGUUUGAUGAUAUUGGAGAUGAUGAUGAAGACAUUGAUGAUAUCUAACCUGACCUAAGCAUGUUACAUUUCAAGUUCUCUGAAGAUAGCUCUACACAAUUGGGAUCUUGACGUUCAGCUGUUAAGUAAAACUUCAUUUGGCAUGUGUAUGACUUGUUAAUGCAAAUUGAUGAAUUUUAUUUUUUGAAGUAUUAUAUUUCUUUGAAAACCAAAGAUGUUGAGUUAUCUUAAGUGACAUGUUAACACUUUGUGCUUCUGGAUAUAAUUGAACUUAGGGCACAGCAGUGUGCACUGUUAAGAGACUGCCUUUCCAUUUGUGAUGCUUCAUUUCUGGCACGUGAGUGUUUUGUGUCAGCAGUUCUGCCGGGUGACCACCGUAGGCUGGAGUAAGUCCUGGUCCAGCACACCUGCUUUAGACUCUAAUUGUCCAGCUGCAUUUGAGACGUCUCAAAGUUAGACAGGAUAUGGCUAUUUUUGUAUUUAUGGAGCCAUGCCAUUUUAUACUUACUACGUGAAGUUCCAUACAUUCAUUUUACCCUUUAAGUUGUUGUCAUCCAUAAAAAAAAUCUUACAGUGCAAUUUUUAAAUUUUAUGGGUAGCAAUUUUGAGUUUUAAAAAUUAGUCAUUGCAAAAAUUAAAUACUUAGAGGAGAUAAUCCAUUAUCUUGACUUUACAAAUAAAGUAGUUGACAAUGUUUAUAUGUAAUUUUACUUUUCUAAGGCAUACCCAAAAAAUAGGAAAUGAAAAUUAAAAGAGAAGUAAAUCUGUUCUGAUACUUGCAUAGAGAAAUUUUCAAAGAAGGUAGUUGUUAAUAGUUUGUGUUAAGUCAUUUUCAAAAAGUUAGCUACUGUAUUGAGGCUUGGAUAAUUACUAUGUAUUGAUUAAAGUUAGUUACAUAAUUGUACGAGGGAAGUUUUCCUUAAACUAAGCUUAGGUUAAAGGAAAAGGAGCCACAGCUUAAUGAAACCGUGGUUCCUAUUUUCUAAAUGGAGGAGUCUAGAAACAGAAACAAUAAAAACAUGUUGGUAUAAAAACAUUUUUUCUUUUUAAUAUGUUCAUUAUAUCUCUGGUAUAUAACAAAAAUAAAUGACUGGAUGAUUUCUAGUAUAUCAUGAGAGGCUUUUUUUUAAUUAGACACUGGGAUUUAAGAUAAACAACUAUUUUCCCAUUUAAGUAAUGCUGGUAUCAGGGUUCUGCAGUUUAACUCUUGCUGCUUAGGAAGUAAGUAUAACCUUGCUAUUAGUCAUCAGAUGCCUUUUAAAAGAAUAGUUCCUUUCUCAGGCUUUGUUCUAGAUACCUUCAACUGGUGCCUGAGCAUGAAAACAACAGUAUUCACCUUCACUUUUAUUUUUUGUUUUCCAGUUAGCCCAUAAUAAUGUAGCUUAAGGAAAUUACCCAGUCAAAAAGAAAGAAAAGCAAAUAACAGUUUUCUUGAUCAUUGAUUGGUGACUCUUCUAGAUGCUGAUGUAGAUCUUUGUAAAGGUUAAUUUUGUAAAAUGAACUAGACAUGGUGCCAGAUUAGAGUCAGAUCCCACCUCCCCAGAAGGACAGUGUGUCUUUAGAAAGGGAACAUCACUGGAGCUUUUUACUGCUAUACACAGUGCAUCUGAAUAUACUGUUAACUAAGAUUUAUCCCAUUGCUGCUGUACAUUUUUAGUACAGGAAGAAAAUUUGACCAUGGGCCAGCUAGCUUGAUGCAUUCAACAGCAAACAAGAUUAUCUCAAGUUAGGAGGUGAGGACCAGUGCCUGAAGAUGUCCUCUUAGUCCACAACAUGUACACAACAUAUAUGCAUCAGACAUGUACAAAGUUGCACUUGAUGAGGCUAUAGUAUCAUGUCUUGGUCAUUGCAAACUAUCAGAGGCAAACACUGAGGUAUUUACAUUGCCUGUUUACCAAUAUCUAAUUUCAAUCACAUUCUAGAUGAAGGAAUGAUUCUUUUAUAACAUGAGUGAUUUAUGCUGUAAAUGUUGACAUAAGUGUUAGAAUUAAAAUGACUUGUAGUGAAAUA